AUGCGAAAUUUCUUGAUUCUGAUUUUGCUUCAACAAUGCGCCGCUGAAAUGCCGCUGGCUUGCUAUUACAAAUUUGGUGAGCCCGAUGUCUCAAAAAUUCCGGCAAAUUUGUGCAAUUUUGUCAUAUUGAUUGGCUCGGUGAGCUUAACCCAAGACGGGAGUCUUCUUGUGAAAUCGCGAGAUGAGAUGACGAAAUUCGCCGAUCUCAAAAAACUUGCAAAUCCACCGAAGCUUCUCAUUUGCAUGCUGGCUGAGAAUCCGAGAUUCUCAAAAAUGGCAAGGGCGAACCACCCCCUCCCACAAGUGAUUCUCAAUUUUUAG